CUCUCUUUUUCUUUCAAUUAUGUCCACCGUGCAACUCUAAUGGAUUCUGUCCACAACGAAGACACAAACGAGACCGACAACAUAAAUCAAUUAUCCCGUGCAUCUGCAUCAACCUCCACGCUGCAAGCUGUCACACACUCUGGGCGUUCCUCUCGCGCCGGUCGUGUCCGGAAUACUGUCAAGGUCGCCGAAACCGCAAACUCCACGCCCGUUCUCGAUCUUCCCCAAUCUAGUCAAUCGUCAACAGGAGCAACUCUUGGUCGUAGACGUACGAGAGCCUCAGCGGCAGCUGAGCAGCUUCAAGCUCACCCGCCUCGCGAGUCAUCGCCUUCAUCGUCCGUCGUCGCCGUUGUCAGGGACAAAGGGAAGAAGCGUGCUGCAUCUCCAGAACCAGCGAAACCCAAUAAACGAUCCAAGCGUACAUCUACUGCUCCAAGCGGCAUCGUCAUCAACAAGCCCGCUGUUGACCCGAAGGGAAAGAAACGCGUGGCCCCAUCAAGCUCGUCCGAGGCGGAGGAACGUCCAACCACUAAAAGGCGUCGAACGACCAGCAGCGCGCCAGCAACCACGGAAUCCACACGCGCCAGUACCGCACAGGGAAGGAAAUCUAAGGAAGAAUCCACUGCUAUGCCCCGGAAAGCGAAGACCUCGGCCAAAGGUAAAGAACCUGCUGUCAUGAAGGGAACGGCUAAGGAGACUGCAUCGGAACUAAUGGACGAGGAGGGCGAUGUGGUGAUGGCGUCUGGCCCAAGCAGUAUUGCGUCUGGUGAUGAGCACGAAGAGGCGCACGAACAUAUCCCCAUCCAUACCAGCGAAGAUGGAAACGAAGAAGUCGAAGGAAGCGGUUCCGAAUCCGAGAAGUCCGACGAAGACCAGGAAGGCAAUAAGCAUAUCUUACUUGAUACCGCCACAAGCGCCCCUGCUGCACCGUCCGCGGCCCCACCCAGGCUCAGUGCUUUUGAAGAUGCUGCUGCUGCACUUUUCGGUGGAAGCUAUAACAGCAUCACCGGAUACAUGCUCGGCCUAUCACCCCGUUUUAAGGGGAUACUCAACAAUCUCAAGCAGGAAGCCAACCCCACCCAGCGUUUGAUGGCGCUGCAGGAACUGAGUGAGCUCCUGAGCAUGAGCACGGAAGAAACCCUUGCUGGCCACUUCGCGGUCGAGAGUUUCAUCACUGAAUUGCUGAAGAUCAUGGGGGGCACUGGCAUGCCUGAGGAUGAGGAUGAAGAGGACGGCGCUGGGGAAGGUGGCAGCGGCGAGCAUAAAGCGGGGGAGAAUGACAAUGACGCUAGUCUUGGGCGUGGUUCAGCGCAUCAGGGUGUUGGUGGUGGUUCUGCUGUCAGUGGAGGCGGUAGAGAUGCGUUCGGUUUUGGUGACUUCGAAGAUGAGGAUGCUCAGUUGCGCGCCGCGAUGGCACUCAGCACCGGCGGCAGUUUGAUGAACGGCCUUGAUAUAGAGGCCCAGGUACUGGCAUGCCGGUGUCUAGCAAAUCUGCUCGAAGCACUUCCUGGUUGUGCCCACACUGUCGUUUACCAUGGCGCUGUACCAGUUUUGACCAGCAAGCUGGUACAGAUUGAGUACAUUGAUCUUGCAGAACAGACGUUGACCACUCUUGAGAAGAUUUCUCAGGAAUUUCCUUCCGCUGUUGCCCGAAAUGGCGGUCUUUCUGCGUUGUUGACCUAUCUCGAUUUCUUCUCCACAAAUGUUCAACGCACCGCCCUUUCAGCCGCCGCCAACUGCUGUCGUGGUCUUUCUCCGGAGAACGCGCCCAUGGUCAAAGAAGUCUUCCCAAUAAUCAGGAAUGUGCUUUCGUAUUCCGAUCAACGUCUACUGGAGUCAGCUUGCCUCUGCGUCACCAGGAUCCUCGAUUCCUACCGAAACCGACCGGACCUGCUAGAAAGCAUCGUCGAUGGCGAUCUCGUCGGGGCAAUCAACACCGUUCUUCAUCCUUCGGGCGGUUCUCCACUGGUUUCAGCAACAUCUUAUGCUCAGAUGCUGCGGUCCCUCGCGAUUUCAGCUAAGACCAGUCCCAAAGUGACGAUCACAUUAUUGGAUGGCGGAAUCACGGAAACGUUAUACCAGAUUCUUACUGGUGUUCUCCCCCCUGCGUACGAAAACGGCGAGGAACAAGGCCAAGGGGAAGGAGGGCAGGGCCUUGGUGGUGGUUUGGCAGAUAUGGCAGUAAUGGAGAAUCUAGCCCACAAGCCGAGAGAGCAGAUAGAGGAGAGUCUUGCACUCAUCUGUGAGCUAAUGCCCCCCCUUCCAAAGGAGGGCAUCUUCGACGCAAAGCAAUAUACAGAGAAGGCGCUAAACAAGACGCUCAAGGCGAAGCGGAAGUCAGAGCGCGCCGCCGCCCGUGCUGCUAAAGCUCAAGGACAGAGUGGCUCAGCAUCUCCGUCUCUUGACCCCCAAGACGAUAGCUUCUUCAGUCUGCCGGUUGAAGAAGAUAUCCCCCCGCGAUCUGCAACGCCUUCUAUCAAAGAAGAUCCUGAUGCACCACCGAGCCGGACCGAUAUCUUGCGAGAACAUGAACACGUUGUGAUGCGUUUUAUGCGCCUCAUCCUCCCGAUCCUAGUCGACGUAUACGCCGCGAGCGUGGCUAUGAGCCUCCGUAAUAAAGCGAUGGCCAGUAUUCUCAAAGCAAUCGCCUUUCUCAGUGGGGAUGAGCUGAAUAACAUCCUUCGGUAUGUCCCAGUGGCCAGCUUCAUCGGCUCCAUAAUUUCGUCCAACGAUCAAACGAACUUGGUGGUCUCUGCAGAAAUGCUCAUCGAACUCUUGUUGACCAAGUUACCAGACGUCUAUAAACCAUCCUUCCGUCGCGAGGGUGUUUUGGAUAGUCUUGAGUUUCUCGCAGAUCGGGAGCUAAAGAAGCCGGCUCCGAAGAAAGAGAAGGAAUCAUCUGCUGACGCCGUUCCCCCAAUUCCUGCUGAUGGAUCAGAUCUUCCUCUUCCUCCUCCCGUGCCGAGUAGCAAACGACAUCACUCUCACGUUCCGGAUCCACAGGAUGUGGUGACCCUUAGAGCAAGAACUAUUCGUGCCAAAGAUCUCAUCAACAUGAAGGACGAUGAAGGAAGUGUCACCACGACGCAGCUGAAGAAAUUGGUUGAUUCUUUACGCCUCUCGGACACCACCGAAUCCUCAAUCAAGAAGACAUUGAAAGGCAUUGCUGCUUUUUUCCCGCCCGACGAAUCAGUGUCCAGCUUUGAGCUCAUGAAGACCGAUUUUGUGCAGGCUCUUCUUGAAUUCAUAUCUCGCUCUGACGUAGCAGUUCCUGCAUCCCGCCGACAGGCUCUGUUCUUAGAAGUCUUCUCUAUGCCGCUUGUGCAUUAUCCUGCCAGUACACCGUUUGCAAUCCUGGUGAAAAGACUUCAAGAAUUAUUAACGAGAAUGGAGAAGUUUGAGGUUGUCACUAUAUCUAGUUCAGAUGAUCCGAAGCGCGGCGCCUCUGUCAUGCUGGCACGUCAAGUUCGUCUACGCCUCGUGGCUGAAGAGGCAAGUGAUAUCCCGCGUCACUUCCUGUCUUUUGGAACUCAAUCACACGCAAUCUUAACAUUCCGAGCCUUGGAAUCUUAUCUUCACGAAAGAAUCUUGAAGACAACUCCCCCUCGAAUGUCUCACGCCAUGAGCGCAUUUGGGACCCCCGCUGCCCAACCCUCUCCGGCCAGCAGAGGUGAUGUCGGCGAAGGUCCAUCAAAUGCUGCGGCCAGUUCAUCACGGCCUACAUCUUCCGCUCCCCCAAGGAAUCGGUCAGCUGGAACACGGCGAAGUUUACGGUUGAGUGGCGAAGGCGGUCUAGGCAGUGCUAUCCAAGCACCCGUUCCGCAAGCUGCAAUUCCUACGUCUGCCCCUUCUGUACCAGAGCCAGAGCCGAAAACACCCGUAGAGAAUGAACUGGAGGACGAUUCCAGUAACCCGGGAGUUUUUAUCGACGAUGACAUCAUCGGCGAGGAUGAAGAUGAAGACAAUACACCAGCAGAGACAACAGUUGAUCUCCGAGUCACUCCUGAUGGGACCGGGAUUGUUGCAGAGACUCCUGGAGGUACUAGGGUAGCGACCCCAAGUAUGAACACACACGCACGGGUACCUCCGUCACCUUUCCGACCUUCGUCAUAUGCUGCAGUGUUGAAGGCUCCCCCAACAGACUGGCAUUUGGAAUUCACGUUAGAUGGCCAAGCCUGUCCGAUGGACGCGACUCUUUUCGGUAUGUUGUAUAAGGCGCAGAUACAGAAAGCAGGCAGCUCUUUAAAUGUUGCACCGGGGAUAUUCUGGUCUAUGUCCCAUACUCUCAAGUUCAAGAAGGUUCCUGGACCAAUACUAGAAGGAACUUCUGAGGGCUCAUCUCGUCUGGGUGGAUCUCCUCAGCUGUCUUGCAUUCCUCGGGAAGCUACCCACUCCUCUAUCGUGCUGCUUUUGCGCGUUUUGCACAAGCUGAAUGAUGAAUGGGCGGAUCGUGCGUUGCCUACUGGGUCUGGCGAGGUGCUUCCGGAGUCGGCCUUCGUAAACAACAAGCUUUCGGCAAAGCUCACCAGACAGAUGGAAGAACUCAUGAUUGUUGCGAGUUCGUGUCUUCCAGAUUGGGCAAUUGAGCUUCCCCAGAACUUUCCCUUCCUUUUCCCAUUCGCUACUCGAUAUCAUUUUGUUCAGUCAACAUCACUAGGUUAUGCUCGCCUCCUGCUGAGGUGGCAGAACCAGAAUGUGCGAGAGUCGGAGGGCUCCAGACGAAACGAACUCAGUCGUCAGCUGAGCCACUUGAGGCGGCAGAAGUUGCGAGUGGCGAGACAACUCCUGCUGGAGACCGCCAUCAAGAUCAUGGACAUGGGCUUCUCUAUGUCUUCUUCUGUCCUUGAGAUCGAGUUCUAUGACGAAGUUGGUACUGGCCUAGGACCAACACAAGAGUUUUACGCCCUGACAUUCAAGGAAUUCGCCCGUCGUGACCUACGACUUUGGAGAGAUGCUGAUUCACAACAACAUGGCGCUUAUGUCUAUCACCCGAACGGACUUUUCCCAGCUCCUUUCCCUACAAGCCUGAAACCCGACGCGGUCCAGAGCAGGCUGCAUCUAUUUCGUGUUCUAGGUCAAUUUGUGGGCAAAGCCAUGUUGGACUCCCGGAUUAUCGACAUUCAUUUCAAUCGCGUGUUCAUGAAGAUGAUCCGAGGGGAAGAGGUCCCUCUCAUUCUGAACACUCUUCGAGCCAUUGAUCCUGUUCUUGCUAAGUCUGUUGCUCAGAUACAAGCGUUUGCAGAUGCCAAGGCUAUUAUCACUCUUGAUGACACUAUGGAUGAGGAUGAGAAAUCAGACGCCAUCUUAGACCUACGUAUCAACGAUGCUGCUCUCGACGAUCUUGCUCUUGACUUCACUGUCCCUGGCUACGACAUGGAGUUGAAGGACCUUGGACAGAGCACUGCUGUCACCAUGGACAACGUUGAGGAGUAUUUGGAGCUACUUCUAGAAACUCUUCUCGGUCAAGGUGUCGCCCGCCAAGUGCAGGCAUUCAAAGAUGGCUUUUCCACCUCGAUCCCUGUCAGGGAUCUGCAGACAUUCACUGCAGAGGAGCUCGUUAUGAUGUUUGGCAACUCGCACGAGGACUGGUCUGCCGAUACUCUUAACGUGGCGGUCAAAGCUGACCACGGCUUCACCUUGGAAAGUCGCCCAAUCAGGUAUCUCAUCAACAUCAUGGCCAACCUCGAUCUGCAGGGUCGUCGUGACCUAUUGCAGUUCCUAACUGGGAGCCCGAAGCUGCCUAUCGGGGGAUUCCGUGGUUUGAAUCCCCCCUUGACGGUAGUACGAAAGCCCCACGAGCCCCCGCUUAUCGCAGAUGAUUAUUUGCCGAGUGUCAUGACCUGUGUGAAUUAUCUUAAACUACCGGAGUAUUCGUCGGAGGAGGUAAUGUUGAGGAAGCUAAAGGUAGCGAUGAGAGAGGGUGCGGGGACCUUCCAUCUGUCAUAAUAGUUGUCGCAUUCAGAUCAAGUCGCUUCGCAUACGUCUUUGCUGCACUUCUAGAUGUGUCUGCAAAGACUAUCUCCAUUUGCGCCCCAUGCGUUGUUUCCAUAGAAUGAACCAAUAUGAUCUGUAUUUAU